UCAGCGCAGUUAAUACCAUUCUGUCAAGGUGAAGUUUCUGGACAAAAAUUCGCAGUGAUGGAAAAGCAGAAAAUAUUCAACCUACUUAAAACUCAGAGAUUGGAUAAAUACUACAACAAAUUCCUUGAGCUGGGGAUUGAAAGUGAACAGGAUUUUUUGGACAGCAUCACUGACAAGAACUUGGAUGACAUGGGGUUCAGUGUAGCUGAGAAGAACCGGUUCAGUAAAUUGACAGAACAUAUUCAAAGACUUGGCACAGCAAAAGAAUUUGAAGUGAAGAAAUCACUUGAAUCAUACAACCUGUAUUUUGCAUUCCCAAAAUGUCAAGCGCAUAAUGAAAUCACAGGAAUGGACCCUUCCCAAAACACCAUGGAAGAUCUUAUGCUCAGGAUUUGCCAUCAGAAGAACAUGGAUGACAUGACAUCUGUGUGUUUAUUCACAACUGAUGGACUGCCCUUGACAGAUGAUCCCUUUUUCAACACUUGGUCUCUGAAAGACAGGCAUAUUGAAAAUGAGAGAAAAUUAUAUGCCAUAUUUACACCAAAGGAAAACUUGAAAGAAUCUCCUCAAUGUCCAAGCCAAGCUAACAUAACAAAUGAAGGACCAAAUACUGUCCGCUGUCACGUCAUGCUGAAGGGGAUUCAUGAAAUCCAUGUGGAUCUGGAGCAAAGCACAAUAGUUGACUUGAGGGGAAGACUUUCACUUGAAAGCGGUAUACCUGCACAUGUGUUGCACCCCAAAGAUGAGAAUUACAGUGUCAGUGACACACUGUAUGACCUCGGGGUCACUGAAGAGGAACCAGUAUACUUCACCCUGUCCUCAUUUCAUGAUCUAGUACCCUCUUUCAAUGACAUGUUCAUCAGUGAUGUCAAACCCAUGGUACAACAGUCACAAAAAGGCCUAAGUGUUUUCUACUCAACUCUGCGAGCCAUUACAAUGAGACAUAGUGGAGAGGACUUCAAGAAAGUGAUUGCAUACAUUCGAAAACUAAGUGGGUGCAAUCCUCUGGCUCAGAGCUUGUACCAACUCAUAUGUAAAACUGUGAAUAUUACAAGAAUCCAGAAGGUUGCAGUUGUUGAAGGGCUUUACUUUCUCUUCAGGGAAUUGUUACCAAGCCCUACUAAAAGAACUGGGGACAAGAUCAUUGAAGAUUGGGAGGUUUUUGAACAUGCACCUGUUUGCUGGGCCUACCUUCUAUCACACGGAGAGAACGAGAGCUUGGAGCAUGAAAAUUAUGCUCGGAUAUCCCUGAAAGCACAGUCAACAGGCCAACGUUUCUCUGAACCUGUAAAAGUACCAGGAGUGCCUGAAAUAUUUGACAGGGAAUAUGUUCUAGAAAAAAUAAAAGAUGGUGAAAAAAUCCCAAAUUGCACCAUGGAGAACCUUAAAGAGACAUCAAUUCAAAGAGAAACUGAUGUUGAGAGAAUUUUGCUCAGUGUCCCACCAUUCAUGGAUGCUUUUCCACUCUGGAUUUCAUAUGCUCCUACACAACCUGCUUCCAAUUUUGAAAUCAGUACAGGGAAAACAUAUGCCCAGAUGAAUCAGGACCUUGCAAAGUAUGAGCACCUCAGAAUAACUCCACCAUUACAGCUGAAGCCUCUGGGAGUUGAAGGACCACGCUUGGUGUUUAUCAGUGAAGAAAAUCUUGCCAUUUACACUAGUAAAGACAAACUCACACCUCAAAACAUUAAGGUGUUUGACUGUCUUGCUGGGAAAGAGGUCACCGUGAAUGUUGAAGAGCUGGCCAAUAAACUGAGAGAUGCAAGAGCUGACCUAACUUUCACAGUGACAAAAACACCAAAAGAAGCAAUAGUGGUGCUCUUUGAUUCAAGUUCUUCAAUGCAUGAGGAAUGCUUUGAUGCAGAGUGCCAGAUGAAACGAAUUGAUGCUAUAAAACAAGUUUUUGACAGCUUUUCAAACCGAUGCAUGGCUUAUGAUUUCGACCAUGUGAUCUGCCUUGUGAAAUUUGACUCUAAAGUGAAAACUCUUCAUACCUUCACUGAAAAUUUGGAAACCUUUAAGGAAUAUGUUCACAGUCUUCAGGCAUCUGGAAAUACUAAAUUGUAUGAUGCUUUAAACCACGGAGUUAAAGAACUUAAUAAAGUAAGAGAAAGAUUUACUGACUGCAGAUGCCGCAUUUUGUGUUUGACAGAUGGCAAUGAUGUUGGAUCAACAAUCAAGCCAGUUGAUGUUGCAAAAACACUGAUUACAUCAAACAUUAUUGUGGAUUCUGUGCUUGUUGGUAAGGUAGAUAACACCGUGCUCCAUGGAAUCAGCAACGUCACAGGAGGAUGCUGUUUUAAACCUAACACAAGUAAAGAAGCUGUGCAACUUUUUGAAAUGGAAACGGUCCUGUCAUUAGAGCAGAGGAAAAACAAAAACAGGUUUGAUGUAUCGUCCCUGCAAAGUGAGGAAGAUCUGAAAAAUAUUUUUAAGAGGCAUGGUUAUGAUGACAAACCUGAAACGAAACUACCACCACAAAUAAACAAUAAAGUGACUAUGACACAGAAUGCACUGAAAAAGAAGAUCCAAGAAUCAAAGUCAAACCGCUUUUUGGACAAAGACAAACGGAUUUUGGAGGAACUCAAGAGUCUUCACUGUGACCCCCAUCCAUUCUGCACAGUUCUUCCUUCUGAAUCAGAUAUCACGUUCUGGAAGAUUUUGAUGCAAGGUCCUCCCGAUACACCAUACGAGAAUGGGGUGUUUGAGCUGUAUUGUCAGUUUGGCCAGGACUACCCAGUCAAGCCACCAGCUGUGAAAUUCUUCACACCUAUUUAUCACUGCAAUGUGAACAGCGUGGGCAGAAUUUGUCACAAUAUAUUUGAUCGUAACUACUCAGCCCAAAUAACCAUGAGAGAGAUUCUGGAUGCUAUAUAUGGGCUUCUUAUAGUUCCUGAACCAGAGGACCCUUUGGACAGUGUCCUGGCAGAAGAAUUUAUGUGCAGCAAAGAAAAAUAUGAAGAGGAGGCUAGGAAAAACACACAGACCAAUGCAGGUCCAUCCAUGGAUGACAUAGAAAAGAAAUAUGUGGGUCCAGAACUGUCCAAGAUAACUCUACCUCCUAAUCUGGUAUGCUAUCUGACCACAAAAUUGUUUGUUGAUCCAGUGAAAACCAAAGAUGGAUUCACUUAUGAGCGUAAAGCUAUUGAAAAACAUCUUAAAAGCUACAGGACAGAUCCACAGACAAAUAAACUUCUAAGGAGAACAGACUUGAAACCAGACAAAGAAAUAUUAAAGGCUGUUAAGAAGUUUCGGAGAACCCAGAUUCAGGAGACUGCUGUAUAAAACACAGUUGGUGGUGCAGGUUUUGUAGCUGCCUAUUCAGAGAACAAUAUUUUUGUCUUUUAUCAAAUGUUUUCUUUUUUUUUUUUAAUUUCUAACACUUUGUGUAAGGAUCAUUUGAGCAAUAAGAUUUUACACAAAUUUGAAGACAGUUAAGUAGUGUUUUGGUGACAUGCCUUUCCCAUUAACAAAUGAUACUAAAAUUAUUAAAUGAAUAGUUGCAUAUAGUUAAGCAGUCUCUAUGGUAACACAGCUCAUACAUACUCUUGUAACUAAUGCGUGAAAUCUCUGCCAAUCAAGAGUGAUUAGUUUCUGCUAUAUAUAUAUACAUAUAUAUAUAUAAUAUGGGAUUAUUAUAAAUGGAAGUAACGAUGCUGUCUGGUAAUGUUUUGUUUGCUGUGACACACAAGACACAUGAAAACCUGCAAACCUGAUCUGCUCUGACUUCUACUCAGAGUAGUUUCUAUAUGCUUGUAUACUGACUGAUGUAAGUUUGAUGCAAAUUUAUAAUGCAAAUAUAUAGCAAUAAUUUACACAUAUUUUAAUGCUUUUCACUGUGCAGUUUUUAAUAGUCAGAUGAGAUGUUUUAUAUCUUUGAAAGUAUUGUUUAAUUAAUUGUCAUUUUUGGAUGUAAUCAUUAAAUUAAAGUGUGA